UCAGCUGUUACGUAGCGUGCUUGUUACGUCGUAAAUUUUGUGCGGAAAAACCGCAGUUUUCAUUGCCGCCGCUAAAAACAUAAAUAAUGUCUGUGCCUUUCAGUGGCGCAUUGCGGCGUUCCGGCGGCAUUGUGUCCGCCAUUGGCAAGCAGCUGAAGAGCGUGAAUUUGAAGGGCGUCAAGCGGAUAACCGUGCAGUUCGAUCCAUUCGCGGAAAACGUCAAGUCCACACGGGAAUUCCUCUUCCUGCUCUCCACACCCAAAGUGGCAGCCACGAAUCCCAAGUGUGUGGUCAAGCCGGAAAUCGUCUGCGAUCGCCAGCCGGCCAACAUUAAGUUUGCCCUGAUUGAUUCAGCGCAAGAACAAGCCAAAGUCAAGGAGAUCCGCUUCAACAGCGAUAACCUAAACACACUAGAGCUGCUGCAGCUGUGCAACAAGCACGUGUCCAGCUUGGCACCGCCCGAGGAGGUCACCAACAAGGUCCUGACCAAGGCGGAGAAACAGAAGCUAGCAGGAGGCGCCAGCGGCGGAAAGAAGGCCAUUAAGAAGAAGUAACCAUUAGGAUGGUGAGGAAGCA